AUUCGAUUCGAUUCGAUUUCGCAUUGAAGAACUUUAGAGCCUCUCUCUCUCUCUCUCUACAGAUCUCUUCGCAUUUUGAAGAUCGCCACAAGUUCCUAACUCGUUUCCAAGUGGAUCGUUGAAUUAGGGUUUAGAGAUUGAUUUUUGCAAAGUGAAAAAAAUGGGGAAGAAGGAGAGACCUAGACCAGAGAUGUUGUCUGUUUACCUUUAUAUACCUAACAUUGUUGGGUACAUGAGAGUUCUCUUGAACUGUGUUGCCUUUGCUGUGUGUUUCUCCAACAAAACACUCUUCUCCCUGCUUUAUUUCUUUAGCUUUUGUUGUGAUGCUGUUGAUGGCUGGUGUGCUCGUAGAUUCAACCAAGUUUCAACGUUUGGAGCUGUUCUCGACAUGGUCACAGAUAGAGUUAGCACGGCCUGUCUGCUCGUGAUUCUUUCUCAAGUCUACAGGCCUAGCUUGGUCUUCCUUUCAUUGCUGGCUUUAGAUAUUGCUAGUCAUUGGCUUCAGAUGUACAGUACGUUUCUAGCAGGGAAGAGCAGCCAUAAGGAUGUGAAAGACAGCACAAGCUGGCUUUUCAGACUCUACUAUGGAAACCGGAUCUUCAUGUGUUACUGCUGUGUUUCUUGCGAGGUUCUGUAUAUCAUCCUUCUUCUCAUUGCAAAGAACCAAACCGAAAGUCUCCUGAAUGUUGUAGUUUCCACUUUAACUCAGAUCUCACCACUCUCUCUUCUUCUAGCUUUGACAAUAUUCGGUUGGUCUAUGAAACAAACCGUCAAUAUCAUUCAGAUGAAAACAGCUGCAGAUGUAUGUGUACUGUAUGAUAUAGAUAAGCAGCAGAAGAAGCCUUGAUCUUCCUUCCUUUUCCUGAAACUUACAACUCUAUUUAUUUUUUUUUCCUGUGUAGAAACAUGUUUUUAUGUUAUAAACAAGAUGAAAAAAAUAUUGAUUUGCCUUUUGACAUAAUUUCUGUUUUGUAAAUAUAAUCUGAUUACAAGAUUUAUAGUUUG